GGCGGCCAAUGCCGGAGCCCCCGGUCGGGGGACCGUUCGUAUAAAAGGGCUGACAGGAGCGCAGAGCCCGGCUGCAGCCGCAGCACCGAGUCCCGGGACAGCGGCUCCCAGGGACUGGAGUCGCCAACCUGUUGCCAGGGAGUCGGACAAGCGCGAGUUUGUGGGGGUGGAGAAGCUUCACGUCGCCUUGAGGACGGGUGCCGGAGCCCUGUCACCAUGCCCUGGGACCUGGGCACCCCUGCCCACGGCCGGGAUUACCACUGCCAGAAGCGCUGUAAGAAAUCGUCCUUCGCCUUCUAUCAGGCGGUGCGGGACCUCCUGCCCGUCUGGAUCCUGGAGGAAAUGAGGACCAUGGAGGUGUUUCACUGGGAGGAGGGCGGCCGGAUGUGCGCCUACUCGCCGUCUGAAGCCCUGCUCUACGCCCUGGUGCACGACCACCAGCGCUACGGCCAGUACCUGCUGAGGCAGCACCCCCGGGCGGCGCUGGCCGUGCCCAGCGACAGCUUCUGCUGCUGCCGCUCCUCGGCGCCGCACCUCGCCAUGGCCGUGCGCUACAACCGCGUCGCCACCCUGGGACACCUCCUGAAAUGCCUGCGGGACUGUCCCGGCAUCGACCGCUCGGAUUACAUCAACCGCAGGGGCUGUGUGCAUGUGGAGAGCGGCAAGACCCCGCUGCAUGUGGCCUGUGAGCUGGCGAGAGCCGAGUGCUUGACCUUGCUGCUGGCGCACGGUUCCUCCCCCUACAUUACGGACUGCGAGGGCAACACCCCGCUGGACACGUUACUCCUGCAGCUGUGUGACAGCCGGCUGGACCUGCCGAGGAAGCACGCCUGCCUGCACAGCCUCCUGCUCUUCAUGCCAGAACUCAAGUUCAAAAUGAAGGCGGCACUGAGAAGCAACGUCAGCCUCUGGCAGAAUUUGCUGACCCCGGACCUCUUUCAGUGGCUCUCGGGCUGUAGCCCGCCGCCGCUCUUUAUAAAGGCCAUGCAAACUUUAAUCGCGGCCAUUGCUCCUGAGAAAUUCCCAGAGGGGUUGGACGAGUUGCCCAUAUCCCAUCUACUUAAACCUCUGGACUUCAAACUGACCGCGGAGGACACCGCCCAAUCAAGCUGUAAAUGAUGUAGCUUUUGUGUUCGAGGAAUUUAGGAAAAAAGACCCUGGUUACAAAAGCGUCCUCUGCCGCGCUGGAAAUGGAAGUCGGUGGCUCCUUCUUUUAUUUAAGAACGUUAUUGAAAUGUACUAUGGAAUUAGAAACUUGGUGAAAGAGUUCAGUAAAACCAAGGUGGUUUGUUCGACUUCCGUGGGUUGUAACUUUGAUUCAAACUUUUGAAAAAUUAGCCCCAUUUAAUGCAUUUGGGUGUGAACUGUAUCUCUGCAUUAGGGUUUCAUUACCCGCAGUAAAGAGCUUUGAUUAACGGUGUUUGAUGGACUUCUCAAAUCAGUAUUCACAGGUCGUGAAAGUGUUUAUUGCG